AUGCGCGUAGCAGCUGACGUCUAUUUAAACAAGCUUCCAUCUUCCUACGUGGCUCUCAACCUUGUCUCUCCUACACCUAUGGCCACUCCUGUUAUGGAUCGAACCCAAACUCCUACCAUGGAUCGAAGCCAACUAGUAAGGCAAUCCCAACUCUCAACUCUCACCCGUUACACUCCAGGUCUUUGCACGACAACAGCUAAUAUUGCUUCUCAGAUCCAAUACGACGAGUGCCUUAGAGCCAUCCUCAUCUCCCAUGCUCGUGUCGUAUACGGCCCCCAGUUUCCUGCUGGCUCCGUUUUUGACGUUGUAAAUAGCCCUGGGGUGACUAACACCGGUUGCAUUGUUUCUCACGUCAUCGUUUACCCUACAACAAAGCUGUUCACAGCAGACGGCAUGGUAUCCGGCAAGUGUGUUGAGGUUAUGCGCUCUACUGAGCAUCUCUAUGUACAAGAAACCUACUGGAGUCUUAUGAGAAUACUGCGUCCUAAAAUUCUCAAAGCAAUUGAUGAUCAGAAACAGUAG